AUGAGUCAGAAUAUAGCGAACUUAUAAAAUGCAAAUCCAAAUUUCAAUUGUUCAAACUAAAAGACAUCAAACAGAUAUAAUUUUAACUAUCCAACUCAUUGCAUUGCAUUUACUUUAUUGAAAGAAAGUUAAAGACUCAAAUUUUUUAUGGAGAAUCUUAUUAUUAAAACAAAUUAGUAAGCCAAUCAACCUUAAAUAAAAAUUGAAUUGCCAAAUUGGUUUGGAGUAGAAAAAACGCAUUUAAAUAUCAAAUUAUUAGGAAUUAAUAGUGAUGAAUACUAGAAAAUUGAUGAAAUUCGAGGUCACAAUUGA